AUAAAGCAUAAUAAUUAUCUAAAUGUAGAAUUAUACGUUUAAAAUUAUACGAUUACAUCAACUGAUGUAAUUCAGUUUUUCCCUAGGGUUCUCUUUCCUGAACAUUCUGUAACAUAUUAGUUAGUAAAGUCUUCUUACAUCUUCCAUUACGAUAAAACAAAAGAAGCAUAAUAGUAAAGGGCCAUAGCCUCAAUCAAAUGAGGAAAUCCUAAUGGGAACCAAGAAUGAGGGAUUGAACACUCUUCACAUAAAAUAUUAAUUAUUUUAAAACAGAGUUGUUCUCUCAAUAGCUGACGUUGAGUCUUUGAUCGAUCUCUCAGACCCCUGAAUACUUGGAUUGCACAGUUGACCUUAUCACAUUGUUAAGGCACCUUCAGACCCUCCAUUGCACAUAGGUGGCCCCUGCAAACCCCUUGCCUGUGUGUGUUUUGGAGGUGCCACUAAACUUAAGGGCAGAAUCAGGAGACACAUUUGAAAAAAACCUUUUACUCAGAUUAAAUUAUUAAAAACUUUCAAUUUCCUUUAACUUAUUAGAGACAUCCCUACCUGUAAAGAGGUGCAGAUUACUCUCUCUAGUCAACAGCUGUCAUUCUGUCAUAUCAUCAGAUACCCGGGGCUGCUGCUCCUUGAGGUGUCCAGAGAAUCACAGCAUUUUCCAGUAUUGAAAGACCUGAAAGAUCGCAGUGCCUUCGUAUCAACUGUGAGACAUGAAGUAAUUUUCCCAAAUCUAUGACAUUAAGAUAUGGUGCAAUAAGGACUAGAUUACAGGUCUCCGGAUUUACAACCAUGUUCCCUCCAUCUCCUUUACUCCUAAACACACUCACACACUCACUUCUGCAAACAGUUGUCUUGUCAAGUGGGAAAUGAAUGCUCUUACAAGGCUCAAACUUGUGAACACAUCACUGUCCAGCACAGAGCUGGCUCACAAUAGGGACCCAAUUAAAGUGUUUUACAUGCAACUGGAUCAAGCCUUUCAAGUACUAAUUUAAAACAAUCCUUUAAAGAAGAAAAUUAUUUCAGAAGAGGACCUUCAUACUGCAUCUCUGACCAACGACCAAUGAUGCUAUUGAACUCAGAUGCUGAUUGGUUCUCCAACACGAGAUUACCCAAUCCAGGAGCAAGAAAAUCAGUAACUUCCUCCCUAUAAUUUGGAAUGUGGGUGGAGGGGGGUCAUAGUUCUCCCUGAGUGAGACUUGUCUGCUCCUCUGGCCCCUGGUCCUGUCCUGUUCUCCAGCAUGGUGUGUCUGAAGCUCCCUGGAGGUUCCUGCAUGGCAGCGCUGACAGUGACACUGAUGGUGCUGAGCUCCCCACUGGCUUUGGCUGGGGACACCCGACCACGUUUCUUGGAGCUGCGUAAGUCUGAGUGUCAUUUCUUCAAUGGGACGGAGCUGGUGCGGUACCUGGACAGAUACUUCCAUAACCAAGAGGAGUUCGUGCGCUUCGACAGCGACGUGGGGGAGUACCGGGCGGUGACGGAGCUGGGGCGGCCUGUCGCCGAGUACUGGAACAGCCAGAAGGACCUCCUGGAGCAGAAGCGGGGCCGGGUGGACAAUUACUGCAGACACAACUACGGGGUUGUGGAGAGCUUCACAGUGCAGCGGCGAGUCCAUCCUCAGGUGACUGUGUAUCCUGCAAAGACUCAGCCCCUGCAGCACCACAACCUCCUGGUCUGCUCUGUGAGUGGUUUCUAUCCAGGCAGCAUUGAAGUCAGGUGGUUCCAGAACGGCCAGGAAGAGAAGGCUGGGGUGGUGUCCACGGGCCUGAUCCAGAAUGGAGACUGGACCUUCCAGACCCUGGUGAUGCUAGAAACAGUUCCUCGGAGUGGAGAGGUUUAUACCUGCCAAGUGGAGCACCCAAGCGUAACGAGCCCUCUCACAGUGGAAUGGAGAGCACGGUCUGAAUCUGCACAGAGCAAGAUGCUGAGUGGAGUCGGGGGCUUUGUGCUGGGCCUGCUCUUCCUUGGGGCCGGGCUGUUCAUCUACUUCAGGAGUCAGAAAGGACACUCUGGACUUCAGCCAACAGGAUUCCUGAGCUGAAGUGCAGAUGACAAUUUAAGGAAGAAUCUUCUGCCCCAGCUUUGCAGGAUGAAAAGCUUUCCCUCCUGGCUGUUAUUCUUCCACGAGAGAGGACUUUCUCAGGACCGGGUUGCUACUGGUUCAGCAACUGCAGAAAAUGUCCUCCCUUGUGGCUUCCUCAGCUCCUGCCCUUGGCCUGAAGUCCCAGCAUUGAUGGCAGCGCCUCAUCUUCAACUUUUGUGCUCCCCUUUGCCUAAACCCUAUGGCCUCCCGUGCAUCUGUACUCACCCUGUACCACAAACACAUUACAUUAUUAAAUGUUUCUCAAAGAUGGAGUUAAA